ACGCAACAGAAACAAUCUACAUCGCACUCGACGUGCAUCCGGGCUAUCGGUCUUAUUGCCGCCACCCGCCAGCGUGCUUGCUUGCCUGUCUCUUGCGAUCUUGACCCAUCAUGGAGCAGCAGCAGCCUCAGCCUGGAGGCGUCCCAGGCCCGGCUGGCCGACGACUCCACAUUGCCCAUCGAAGAAGCCCUUCGGAGCUGACUCCAUUGAUGAGCAUGUUCGCGAAUCCCGGAAUGGAGCAGCUCGCCAUUCAACAGCAGAUCGAGCUGCUGCAACAGCAGCAGCAACAAAUCCAAGCUACUCAUCAGCAAUAUGUAAACUUGGGCAUGAUAGCGCCUAACCAGACCCUGGGUCCCGGAAGCGGCUUCAAUCCUUUGCAGGCGACGGGUGCCAUGCCCAACCUCUCUCCGCAGACCGGCUUCCAGUUCCCCAACCAGCUACAACAGCAAAAUGUGUCUCUGGCUCCUCCUACUCAGCCCCUGUCACAUCGCCGUAAUCAAUCGGCUCUUCCGAAUAUGGGUAUGGGACCGCCUCCGGCUCCCUCGUCCGGCGCUUCUGGGUCUGCCUUCGGCAAUUUUGAUAACUCGCAGGGCCACGGACGGGAGAACGCUGGUGCUCGUGGAGGACGCGGCGGCGGCCCCCCCGGGGGCGGCGGCGGCCACCAAAGGCGACACUCUUUGGCCUUGGCCGAUGCCAAGAAGGCCGCCGAACUGGCCCAGCAAAAACGAACCACGUCCGCCUUUCAGUUCCCUGCCCCUGGCGCUUCGGGCUCUGCUGAGAAGCCCGAGGACGAAGCGAAAGGGGCAAGUGUUGCCCAAACCCCAGCCGACGGCCAGAUAGCGCAGGGGUCAUCCUAUCGCGGUGGUCGCGGUGGUGGACAUGGCCGCAGCCAGAGCAUGGCCGUUGGUGCCAACGGGCGCGGGGGCGGCCGUGGAGGAGGCGGUAUGCAUUUCUCAUCCGAUUCCCUCAGCCAGCAAGGUAAUGAUUUCAACCGCCGUGGUGGUGGUCAUGCUCGCACAGGUUCGCGAAACUUUGACGGUAACUGGCGCAACCAGAGCCAGAACCAGGGCGGCCAGGACCAGACGGGUGGGACUGGUCAGAAUCAGGGCUUUCAGCCGGGCCAUCGGAGCCGUGGCUCGGUCAACCAUCAGUCGAUCUCGUCGAUUGGAGCUUUCCAGUACCCUGGUCAGCCCCAGCUGGUUCAGAUCCCUAACCAGAUGAUGAUUCCGGGACUUUAUCCCGGGCAGCAGCUCAACCCCAUGCAGCUCACCCAGCUGCAGGCUCUCCAGGUCGCCUCAAUGGGCAGUCAGCACAUGGCUGGCCUCCAGGCUAGUCAGCAUGCACCUCAAAUGGCAGCCCAGCAGCCUCAGCAGCAGCAGCAGCAGCAGCAGCAGCGGAAGACUCUUUUCACUCCUUAUCUUCCCCAGGCUACUCUUCCCGCUCUGCUGGGUGACGGACAACUCGUGUCCGGCAUUCUUCGGGUGAACAAGAAAAACAGGAGCGACGCCUAUGUUUCGACUCAGGAUGGCUUGCUUGAUGCCGACAUUUUCAUCUGUGGUAGCAAGGACCGCAAUCGCGCGCUCGAGGGCGACCUGGUUGCCGUCGAGCUUCUUGAUGUUGAUGAAGUGUGGUCCCAGAAACGCGAGAAGGAGGAAAAGAAGAAACGCAAGGACAUUACCGACACUCGUUCUGGAUCUACCGCUGGAAACAGCCAAAACAAUGGCAAUGGCGACGACAAUGGCGGCGGCGAUGGCAUUCGCCGGCGUGGCAGUCUCAGACAACGUCCUACGCAGAAGAAAAAUGACGAUGUUGAAGUUGAAGGCCAGAGCCUUCUUCUUGUGGAGGAAGAGGAGAUCAAUGAUGAACAGAAACCACUCUACGCUGGCCACAUUGUCGCUGUCAUAGAGCGAGUGGCAGGUCAGAUGUUCUCGGGUACCCUGGGUUUGCUGCGCCCCAGCAGCCAGGCAACCAAGGAGAAGCAGGAGGCGGAACGGGCCGCCAGGGAUGGGAACCCGGGCCGACAGCAGGACAGCCGAUCGCAGGAGAAACCCAAGAUUGUCUGGUUCAAGCCAACCGAUAAGCGCGUCCCUCUGAUUGCUAUUCCUACCGAACAGGCGCCUCGGGACUUUGUCGAGAAGCAUCAAGACUAUGCCGACCAAAUCUUUGUGGCUUGCAUCAAGCGAUGGCCCAUCACGUCACUUCAUCCAUUUGGCACUCUUGUCGAGAAGCUAGGGAGAAUGGGUGAUCUCAAGAUUGAAACGGACGCUCUUCUCCGUGACAACAACUUUGCGUCGGACGAGUUUUCGGAUGCUGUUUUGCGUAGCGUUGGUCUGCAAGAUUGGUCAAUCGCAAAAGAAGACGAGGCCGCUGUCGCCGCUCGUCGGGACUUCCGCAAAGAGUCCGUCUUCUCGCUUGACUUGGACGGCUCUGUCGAGCUCGGCAACGGCGUCCAUAUCAAGUCGCUUCCUGAUGGCAAGAUCGAGAUUGGUAUUCAUGUGCCCGAUGUAACCCACUUCGUCAAGCCAAACUCUCUUGUCGAUCGCGAGGCCAAGAAGCGUGGCACCGCUGUCCACCUUGUGAACAGGUUUUGUGCCCUGCUUCCGCCAAAGUUGUCAACCGAGCUCUGCUCUCUUGUUGCCCACGAAGAUCGUUUGACUGUCAGCAUUGUUUUCCAUGUCAACCCACAUACGGGCGCCGUUGCCGAAGGCGAUACCUGGGUUGGCAAAGGCAUUGUCAAGAGCGCCGGCACGCUGUCGCUAGCUGAUAUUGACGAGGCCUUGUCCGGUCGGCCAGGCUUUGCCCAUGACGCCGUCCAGGCCAAGGAUGUUCAAAUUCUCAACGCUAUUGCCCAGAAAUUCCGUGAAGCAAGACUGGGUGCUGGUGGCGAACCCAUUGCUCCUCUUCGGCUCCUUGCGCUGCUGGACGACGAGAAUAUUCCCGUCAAGCAUAAUCUGUUCGACUCGAGCCAGGCAACGGAGCUGGUCGAAGAGCUCAUGCACAAGGCGAAUGCCUAUGUCGCCCAGCGUUUAAUUCAAGCGCUCCCCGAAAAGGCGCUCCUGCGCAGACAGUCUCCCCCUAACCCACGCCGCCUGCAGACGAUUGUUGACCGCAUGACGGCCCUGGGUUACGAUACUGACCCCUCCAGCAGCGGAACCCUCCAAAACGGCCUGUUCAAGGUUGACGAUGCCGAGAUUAGAAUGGGAAUGGAGACGUUGCUGCUGAAAUCGAUGCAGCGGGCUAAAUACUACAUUGCCGGCAAGACGGUCCAGCAUCUCUGGCCCCACUACGCUCUGAACUUGCCGCUUUACACUCAUUUUACUAGCCCAACUAGACGCUACGCUGACGUCAUUGUUCACCGCCAACUCGAGUCUGUCCUUUCUGAUGGCAAGAUUGAAUACAAUGAGGAUUUGGAAAACCUCGUCAAGACUGUCGAGUCUUGCAAUACCAAGAAAGACUCGGCGCAAAACGCCCAGGACCAGAGCGUCCAUAUUGAAUCAUGCCGCACCAUGGACAAGAAACGCCAAGAAGUCAAUGGAGAUCUGAUCAGCGAGGGCAUCGUUGUUUGCGUAUACGAGUCGGCCUUUGAUGUUCUCAUCCCCGAAUGGGGUUUUGAGAAGCGGGUGCAUUGCGAUCAGCUACCGCUGAAGAAGGCCGAGUUCAGAAAGGAGAAGAGAGUCCUUGAGCUCUACUGGGAGAAGGGCGUGCCCAGCUCAGCCUAUGUGCCCGAGGACGAGCGACCGAAAGCCGCUGCCUCGCAGAGGGUCUCGAAUGCCAUGGUUGCCGCCCGACAGGCUGAGGAGGCCGAGAGGGCUAGGAGAGAACGAGAGGAGGCCGCACGCAAGCAGAUUGAUACGGGAACGAUCUCAACUGAUGACACUGACGCCCUCUUUGAUGAUGACGAGGAUAACGCGUCUGAUAUUACUGAGGCGAUGGCGGGGGCUUCAUUGGCCGAACGGCCGACACAGAGCGUUCCCGGCUCGCCGGCCCGGUCUUCGUCGAAUGCGGCGGGAACUCUCCACCGCACCCGGUCCGACUCAAAGGUGCCGGUUGCAGAUGCCCCGGAGACUCGUCUCACCAACAAAGAGAAGUACCUGAAGCUUUUCAAGCUGAGGGAGGAGGGCGGCGAAUAUAUCCAGGAUGUGACAGAGAUGACUCGGGUUCCCGUCAUCUUAAAGACGGAUCUCACUAAGAGUCCACCGUAGGUGGCCACAUGAUCUACGUUCCACAUACACGGCUAACACUAUUCUAGAUGCUUGACCAUUCGCUCGCUCAAUCCAUACGCGCUCUAGAUGUCCCGCUU